AUGGUCGCACCCGACCUCUUCCCACUCCUCAAUACCUCGGCCGACCAACCGCCCUCCGCGACUCGAAAUAGCACACCGCGUCGACGAAGGAAGUCCAGUAUAUUGGGACAGGAGAUUUGCGCUGCAGACACGGGAAGGAGUCUGGGAAUUGGCCUCUCGAGCAUCAUCCGCACAUCUGACUCGUCGUCAACGAAGUCAUCCAGCGGCCAUGCGCGCCAGCUGAGCGAGCAGAAAAGGCUCUCCAAGCGUGGAGAGUCCUAUUCCCUUCUGCGGCGCUGCACAAACUUCGCCAUUAAGCAUACCUGGACGAUACCUCUCGUCCUCUUGCUCGCGAUCCUCUCCUUAUACGCCAUCAAUCCGACCGAAUCCAACGCCAUCCACCAUUUCAUAUUCCUCUCCUACAGGCUACCUCUUGAGGCUGGUGCCGAUCCCAGCUCGCCUCCGCAGUAUGGCAAGGGCCUCUGGGAUAUCGCAUUCGUGUCCUUCUAUGUGAUUGUCCUAUCGUUUACACGCGAGUUCAUCAUGCAAGAAAUAUUACGUCCCUUGGCGCGUUUCUGCGGCAUCAAGGCCCAUGGCAAACAAUUUCGCUUUAUGGAGCAGGCAUACACCGCCAUCUACUUUGGGCUCACAGGACCGGCCGGACUAUAUGUUAUGCGCCAAACGCCAGUAUGGUACUUCGACGCGCGAGGCAUGUUCGAGUUCUUCCCACAUAAAACCCACCAGGCCGUUUUCAAGUUUUACUACUUGUUCCAGGCCGCAUAUUGGGCGCAGCAGGCCGUUGUCAUGUUGUUGGGCAUGGAGAAGCGACGCAAGGACUUUAAUGAGCUUGUAGCACACCAUAUCGUUACUUUGACCCUUGUCGGGCUAAGCUACCGAUUCCACUUCACGUAUAUUGGUAUCGCCAUUUACAUAACCCAUGAUAUUAGUGAUUUCUUUCUUGCCUUGUCGAAAUCCCUCCAUUAUAUCGACAGCCCUAUGGUAGGAUUGUACUUCGGCACCUCUAUAGGCGCGUGGAUUUACUUGCGCCAUUACCUGAAUAUACGUAUCUUCAUCUCGCUCUUCAACGAGUUUCGGACCGUUGGUCCCUACGAAAUGAACUGGGAGACAGGACAGUAUAAGUCCCCGUUCUCUAAUACUAUCGCUAUCGUCCUAUUAGGGUCGCUCCAGUCUCUUAACCUCUUUUGGCUGUACUGCCUUCUGCGCAGUGCGUUCCGGUUCGUCGUCUAUAACGUUGCGAAAGACGAUAGAUCGGACACAUCCGAGGACGAGGAGUUGGAGCUUGAAGAUAUAGAACCCAAGAAGGAGGAAACGAAGAAGGUCGAGGCACUGCCCUUGUUGAGCGGCAAUGGAUUUGCCAAUGGUAGUGCGAACGGCGUGAUGAAGGCCACCGGUAAUGGGACCGCCACGCUACCUCCGAGGAGGAAAAGCGCGAGGAAAAGCGCACUAUAA